AUGUCUACAGUCAGUAGUCACGCUUCUACUGCAGAUAUGUCUACAGUCAGUAGUCACGCUUCUACUGCAGAUAUGUCUACAGUCAGUAGUCACGCUUCUACUGCAGAUAUAUCUACAGUCAGUAGUCACGCUCCUACUGCAGAUAUAUCUACAGUCAGUAGUCACGCUCCUACUGCAGAUAUGUCUACAGUCAGUAGUCACGCUCCUACUGCAGAUAUAUCUACAGUCAGUAGUCACGCUUCUACUGCAGAUAUAUCUACAGUCAGUAGUCACGCUUCUACUGCAGAUAUGUCUACAGUCAGUAGUCACGCUCCUACUGCAGAUAUAUCUACAGUCAGUAGUCACGCUUCUACUGCAGAUAUGUCUACAGUCAGUAGUCACUCUUCUACUGCAGAUAUAUCUACAGUCAGUAGUCACGCUUCUACUGCAGAUAUAUCUGCUGGCAGUAGUCACGCUCCUACAGCAGAUAAGAGUAAGAGCGUCUUCCUACUACUUACAACAUCGGGGGUUUGA